GUAGCCGUGAAAGUUCUCUCUGACAUGAGCCCAGAGAACUCGCACGCCUUGUGGAAAGAAGCGAGAGUGAUGCAGAUGUAUGACCAUCCGAAUGUGGUUCGAAUGUAUGGAGUCGCAAACGACACCGAGAUAAUAUAUGAAGCUUCUUUGGGAAUAGAGUAUCUACAUAGCAAAGGAUGUAUUCACAGAGAUAUCGCGGCCAGAAAUCUGUUAAUGGAUAAAGUUAUCAAAGUAAAGCCCAUUUUUUUCGAAACUUGCGCUCGAUCAAGAACUCUAAGUGAUUCGGUUGAAGGUUGCUGA